AUGAGGGCGCUAGUGUCUCCAUUGUGUCGUUCAUGGCUUCAUCAAGUUUCGAGAACUUCUGCGCGGUCAGCAGCUUCAGUUUUAACUCCAUUAGAGCAGAAAUAUUUUCCUCAUAUUGGCAAUCGGGAAAUCGUCGGCUUUGGACGCAAUGGAACGCCAAUGUAUUACGAUGAUGUUCAAUAUCCCUAUCCCGGCAUACGAUUUCGCAACCAUACGGAUGAGAUAGCCGCACUUCGACAAAAGGAGGAGGGCUCGUGGAAGAAUCUCACUCUGGAUGAAGUCAACACUUUGUAUCGCCACAGCUUCUGCCGCACGCUCGCAGAGGCCACUGCUCCCUUGGGCAUUUGGAAAAUGGGCGUCGGCUGGAUGAUGAUUGUUUGUUCUGCUGGGCUUUUGACCUACAUCUAUCUCAAAGGAGUUCUUCUCGAUAUUCCUGAUAAUGUGGCUAUGCUUCCGGAAUACAAAGAGGCAAUAAAAUACAAGCGGAUAAUGGGACGCAGAGGAUCCGUAAAAGAGGUCUUGGAUUUCGACUUAUCGGUUACCUUUCGCUCAUUACACAUCGUCCGGCGGUUAGCCACGGCUGCAGAAAGCGCCUUAGAGGGAGUAUUGCGCAAACGUUUCGAGCAUGCUCGUCUCAUUGCGGUCUCGGAUAUUAGUGUUGUUGAGUCCGAGGAUUUCGCGGAUAUGUCAGUUUUGGCCCAGCACAGGGCAGUGAAGGAGGCCCUACGUGAGCACAUCAAGUCCAUGCAUGGAAUCACUAUUGUCACAAAGGAAUAA